AUGGCAUUCGGGCGUAUAUCUGAGAAGGGAAUUCAAUGUGAUUGUUGCAAUAUGUUUUUUUUGCUAAGCAAAUUCGAGUCUCAUGCUGGAAGUACAUAUCGUAGACCAUCAGCCAGGAUAUUUCUAGAUGAUGGGAGGUCUCUAUUGGAUUUUCAAACACAGUUAAACGUAGAAACCGAAGUUGAUACAGUCACUAAAUCUACAAAAUCAUCUGAUCAUGCGAUAUCUGGCCAAGAUGAGUUUUGUUCUUUUUGCAACGAUGGUGGUGAUUUAUUGUUAUGUGAUUCUUGUACUUCUUCUUAUCAUUCAUCUUGUAUUGGAUUGAAUGGAGUUCCUGAUUCUGAGUACUGGUUCUGGCCAUCUUGCUGUUGUGGGAUUUGUCUUCAAGGUCAUGAUCAUGACCGAAUUACGUGUGAACAAUGUGAGCGCCAUUUCCACAUUGAUUGCCUGAAAAAAGAAGGGCUUUCAAUGUCUUCUGAUGUUAAUAAAACGUUUUGUUCUAAAAAAUGUGAAGGAAUAUCUUCCGGCCUAAUGGGGAUUUCUGGCAUAUCGAUUCCAUUAACAACGAACAACCUGAGUUGGAGUUUACUGGGUGAGUGA